GUUAGACGCCGUUUCUGGCCUAUAGACGGUCGCAACCAGGUAUGGAAGGCGUUGCGCACUUGUACCCGUUGUCUCCGAGCUCGACCGCCAGACACUAACUACAUUAUGGGUGACUUACCUGAAGCAAGGGUAACGGAGGCCCGGCCGUUCACUAACGUCGGUGUUGAUUAUUGUGGCCCGUUUUACAUCAAGGAGCGCCGCCACCGAAAUCGCACCCGAAUAAAAGUGUACGUAGCGGUCUUUGUUUGCCUUGCGGUUAAGGCAGUGCAUUUGGAGCUGGUGAGCGACCUUACCAGCGAAGCAUUCAUCGCGGCGCUCAGGAGAUUUAUUGCUCGACGCGGGUUUUGCGUAAAGAUUUACUCGGACAACGGGACCAAUUUCUUCGGAGCGAAUAAUGAAUUACGAGAAAUUCAACGGCUCAUCAGAUCGGACGAGCAUAAUGGAAAGGUGCAGAGUUUUCUAGCACAACGUUCAAUAGAGUGGAGCUUCAUACCACCACGCGCACCACAUUUUGGGGGUUUAUGGGAAGCGGCUGUAAAGUCCUUUAAAAAUCAUCUUCUUCGCGUCGCGGGUACUGAGUUAUUUACUUUCGAGGAUUUUAAUACCUUAAUCAUUGAAAUUGAAUCGAUCCUAAAUUCUCGGCCAUUAACACCCAUGUCUUCCGACCCCAAUGACCUCCUUGUUUUAACACCUGGACACUUCCUCAUUGGCGAUUCGCUUACGAGUCUACGCGAACGAGACUUCAUAGACAUGCCUCAGAAUCGUCUCUCGAGCUGGCAGUUUAUUCAAAGGAUUAAACAACAUUUCUGGGCUCGUUGGCAUCGCGAGUAUCUGAAUGAGCUCACAAGGCGCACUAAAUGGAGCAAAGGAGAACAUCCCAUCAAGGAAGGCACGUUGGUCCUCUUAAGGGAAGACAAUGUUCCUCCCAUGCAGUGGGCCUUGGGCAGGGUGCUCAGAACGUACCCGGGCUCCGACGGCAUCAUUCGCACUGUGACGAUUAAAACGGCUGCGAGUGAGCUAGAUCGGAGUGUGAAGCGUCUAGUACCCUUGCCUUACCAGGUCGAAGAAGAAGACAACAGGUCAGAAGGGCUAGCAUCAGCAACAAACGUUAAUUCGCAAGCUGAUUAAGUGCAUUAGACUUUAUCACAUAUACUGACUUUUUAUACAUUUGACCACUUAAUAAUUAGCUGCACAUGUACAUUUAUAUAUUAUUGGACUACAUAAUCAUUAGCAUAUAGAACUUUAUAAAAUUAGUUAGUAGUACUUUUAGGCUAAAUAAUUUUGUAGGAUCAUAUUAUCAUACGUAGAGGUU